AUGAUUAUCGGGUUCGGUCUUCUGACCCUUCUCGACACCGAAUCUAACAUGGGAGAAUGGGUGGGCUACCAGCUUCUUGGUGCGUUGGGAACGGGUCUCGCGCUGCCGGUUCUUCUCCCCGCGGUUCAAGCACUACUUACUGAGGAGGAUACGGCGCGGUGCACCGCGAUGUGGUCCUUCAUACGCACGUAUGGAUUUAUCUGGGGUGCAAGUAUUGCCACGGCGGUGUUCAAUAAUCGGUUCGACGUUCUGGCGCCGCGCAUCGCAGACGCUGCCAUCGGUAGUCAGCUCACUAAUGGGCGGGCGUAUGAGUAUGCCACUAAGAUCUUUAUCGACUCCAUCGCGGAUCCCUUCACGGUUGAGGAGGUCCGGUCCGCUUACGUGGAUUCGCUUAAUGUGGUUUGGUAUGUGAGCUUGGCUUUCGCGGGUCUAGGAUUCCUGCUGGUGUUCUUGGAGAAGGAAGUCCCUCCAAGAAAAGAGCUUGACACGAAGUUCGCCAUGGAGGAGAGGGAAAAGAAGCAUAAGACAAAGGUAUGA